UCUCUCUCACAACAGUGAAAAGCCAGAGCUCUCUCUGUCUUCCACCAAUGGAAGAACCACCGGAGGACAGACUCAUGGAAGAGAGAGAGGAGCUCAUGGUUUCCCCAACAGGUGAUGGACAGCCAUCUCUUAGAAUGGCCCAUUUCCUGAACCCUUCUCUCUCCUCCACGGACAAACCACCCCUCAAUCUCUCUCCACAUUCUCUCUCCUCUACAACUUCCAAAACCCAAACCCAGAAAAACCCACUAAAUGUCUCCUUCAAUGGGUGGCGGGAACCACAAAAGAACUGGAAAUCUUGGGUCGAUCACAUGCGUUCUCUGCACAAACCCGUGUGGGAAAAAGCUGGAAUCUACGAAUCAAUCUUGGGUUCCGUUUACUCGAUUCGAAAAGAUUGCGAAUUGGUGACUAAAGUCGCGGAGAAAUGGUGUCCCGAGACCAACUCGUUCCUUUUUCCCUUUGGUGAAGCGACUGUCACUCUUGAAGAUAUGAUGACAUUGGGGGGUUACUAUAUUCUCGGUGACUCUGUUUUGACUCCUCUUCCACCUGGCAAAGCAUUAGAAGAAACUAGGGAAGAACUGCUUCAAGCGCGAUUAGAACUCGUGAGGGGAAGAGCUAAAAAGGCUGACCAAGGUGGCUGGUUGAAGAAAUUCAUGAAAAGUGGUAGUAGAAUCGAACACGAGGCAUUUCUUUCUCUCUGGUUGUCAAAGUUUGUCUUCCCUUCAGCCUCUGCAUAUGGUACCAUUGGAACUGAUGUGUUUCCCAUCGCUAUUCUUCUAGCCAAAGGUACAAAAAUCGCUCUUGCACCUGCUGUGCUUGCUAGCAUUUAUAGAGACUUGAGCUUGUUAAGAAAGAAAAGGGAAAAUGAUGUUUCUGCAUUGACUCUUUGGGCACCUCUUCAGUUAGUUCAAGUUUGGAUUUGGGAGAGAUUCCCGGCAUUAGGGCCACAUCCGAAUCCCAUGAGAGAUGGUGACCCGAUAUUGGCUCGGUGGCACAUGGUGAAGAAGCCAAACACCGGAAAUGUGGACUUGGCUAUGGCAUCGAGUGGAAGAUGUUUCCAGUGGCGGCCUUAUGUCAUGGCCGAGACUCAUCAAUUGAUUCAUAAGCUGUACGGUGAAACGGAUAAAUGGGUAUCGGUUAGACCCCAUUUGGUUGAAGUGUUGGAAUCGUUUGGCCGGUGCAUGAGAGUUGCUGAGCUGGUCGGACUGGAUUGUAUCGAGCAGUACUUCCCACAUCGCGUGGCGAUGCAAUUUGGAAUGGACCAAGAUGUUCCGGGGAAGGUUGUUUUCCAUUCCGAUGGAAAUUCCAAAAUUGCAUGGGAAAAUUAUAGCAGGCCUAUUUCAGAUGCAAAACUGUAUAUUCCCUCGCGUUACUUUGAGUCAGAUGUCACCACUCGAUAUCUGGAGUGGUGGAAAAACUCAAAUGGAACUAAGGGUGUUGUAAAAGAGGAAAUAUUUGAUUGUGAUUCCGAUUUUCCUCCCCAAUGCACCAGGAAAAUAGCAAAUACGGUUCCAUCCAUUCCUCCUGGCUUUCCUCCCAAAGGGACUAUCAAAACAGAAAACAAGGCUUGUUUUGAUUUUCCUUCCGUUCCUCCUGGCUUUCCUUCCAGUAUGGUUAGUAAGACUGGAAACAAUGAUUUUCCUUCCACUUUUCCCGGCUUCCCUCCCAAAAUUGUAAGUACCAGCUUGGGAGACAAUGAGUCCCCUCCCGUUACACCCAUAGUCAUUGGAACGGAAAAGAGGGAUUUUGCCAAUGAAGGUAGUACACCACCACCAACCGCUUUUAUCAAUGAAAUGAAGGGUACACAAAUGAUAGAUCCACCUUCUUCAAUGUCCGAUAAUGGAGUGCUCCAAUCGAAGGAUUUGAUGAGGAGUCCCGAAAGCAAGAUAGUGAGCGGUGAAGAUGCGGCGGAAGGAUUAGAAAGGGCUGUGGAAGAUGGAAAUGAGAUCAGGGGAGCAGGAAAUACAAGCAGUCGAGGUGAGGGAACUGUCCAUUCUAGAGGGAAAAAACCAGGACUGGAACUUGAAGCCAGGAUUGCGAAGCUUGAAAAACUGAUAGCUGGGCUGAAGGCAAAAACACUUGGAAACAGGUUUGGGUCGUAAGAAGUUUGUACAGGUCCUAUUGGCUUUUGUACGUAUUUUGGGUUUUUUCAGGGCACUAUGUUACAAUUCAGUGGUCCGGUGUUCAUAGAAAACAAGGCGUCGCCCAACGAGAGGCAGAUUUGGAUGGAGUCUCGUUCAUAGAGGAGGAGUACUCGCGCUAGCGUGUUACGGCUGUUCACAUGUUAAAUUUCGUUCAGACAUGGAUAAUGCUGCAAUGUACUCAUGCUUCUUUUUAAAUUUCGUUCAGACAUGGAUAAUGCUGCAAUGUACUCAUGCUUCUUU